GCGCUGCCCGGCUCGGGGGUGCAGUUCCGGAGGAUCCUGGCUCACUUCCCUCAGGAGCUCAGCCUGGCCUUCGCCUAUGGGUCCGGGGUCUUCCGACAGGCGGGGGCCGCCCCCAGCCAGAGCGUGCAAACUAGAUCAAUCCAAAUGUCUCCCUCUUCUUGUUCCUCACCACAAGAUGCAAAGAAAGAAAAAUAAGAAUUUAACAUUUUUAAGAUUGUUCUCCACAAACAUGAGGAAGGGAGAAUAACUUGGAAGAUUUAACAACAGUCUGUUCAACUCUGUACCAACUCUGUUCAGUCACUGAUAAGCUGAGACCUCAGACCAGUCCAGAAAUGGCAAGGCAUGCAGAGAGACAUUCCUCAAGAACUUUCAGCAUAUCUCAAAAUGUUACAUAUAAUAACUAGUUAUAUAAUAAUUAAAACUGUUCUGAACUAGCUAGUCUAUGUUGUGUUUAGAUAACAAGUCUCUUAGGUUUGGAGUUCAGUUCAAACUGUUAUUUCAUCACAAAUCUGAUUACAACUGAUUACAGCACAAUAUGCUGGACUUCGUGUUUGCUGUAGAUGAUUCUGUGACUUGGCAUAUGAUGAACCUGUUAAAGAAUAGGAGUCAUUAUUCCUUCCUAAAACUUUUUGGGCCAAAGCAAAUCAGUAAUAUACAGAGCUGUGGAGCAGGGAUUUACUACAAUACUUUAGUGCAAUGUAAUGGUAGGAUGAUAAAAUAUGGCAUAAUUGGCACCGAUGCCCUGAUUGAAGAUCUGUUUCACUGGAAAACUCUCUAUGUUGCCGGACGUCUGCAAAAGCCGGUGAAAAUACUGACACAGAAUGAAAAUGGCAAGCUGCAGGCUGCCCUACUUAGCAAUCUGAAGAGUGCAGUCACAGCAGCCUUUCUCAUGUUGCCAGAAAGUUUCUCUGAAGAAGACCUCUAUAUGCAGAUUGCAGGACUCUCCUACUGUGGUGAUUUCAGAAUGAUAAUUGGAGAAGACAGGUCAAAGGUGCUAAACAUAGUGAAACCGAAUGUGCCCCAUUUUCAGAAGCUCUACAGUAACAUAUUACAGGAGUGCCCUCAAGUGGUGUAUAAGCACCAGCUGGGCAGGCUAGAGAUCGAUAAAAGUCCAGAAGGUCAAUUCAUGCAGCUAAUGGCUUUGCCGAGGACUCUUCAACAAAAGAUAACUUCUUUUGUGGACCCUCCUGGGAAGAACAGAGAUGUGGAAGAGGUUUUACUGAAAGUGGCCCAUGACCCUGACUGUGGAUUAGUGGUACAUCAGGGCAUUUCAGGAAUUGUGAGAUCUUCCAGUCUAAUACAGAGUUCUAAAACCAUACUAACAGCUGGGUUCAAGAAAUCAGUGACUUACAGUAUGAAGAAAAUGUAUAAAAUGACAAAAGGAUGGCUAAGGAAGACUUCCUGAUGUCCAAGUUGUGUACAUACUAUGUAUAGGUAAAUAAACAGACCUCUUUUUCUCUGCAAAUAUUGUGCAGUUGGUACCUGUUGCUUUAUCUACCUAUGUAAACUGUGGAUAGGUAGCAAUAAUUAUACUAUGUAUACACAAAUACUUUCUCACAUGGGGUGCGGACCUCAUUGGGUGCAGAUAAUUUGCUAAAGGCUGAGGGAAUUCAUUUGCAAGUAUACUUAAGGUUUUCCUGUGUGUAUUAGAGAUUUGACUCUGAAAUACAUUUGCCAGAAAUGCUUGUUUGCACAUCUGAAAGCAAACAAAUAAAAUUCCUGUAUGUUUGAUAGAAUCUGGACUAUUUUGGAAAAGAAAACUUUCUUCUCAAGCUUUAUCUUGUUCUCUUCUCCAGUCUCUUCUGAGGAGUUUAUAGAAUUGUGGGGUCCAGUUGAAUUUUAACUAGAUAUUAAAACUUUCCCCAUACAAUGCUUUCUUUUUUAUAUUAAGUCCAUUUGAGCACACAUGUAUUUUAAGAGUGCAAUAUUUACUCUAUAACCCUUCUGCAGAGUGGGAUCCAUCAAGAAUACAUUUUUCUCUCUCACAACCCAGAAAAUACUUAAUGAGAGAGAGGCAUUUUGGAGGAUAUAUUUCACUGUGUGUGCCAUGUCUGGGAGCGUAGGUAACUGAAGAGUUACGAGCCGGUAAGGUAUCUUAAAGGUCAGCCAUUCUUGGCAAUCCUUUUAGUUGACAGCAACAUAACUCACAACCAAGUAGUGGCUGGGAGGUUAUAUUUCAAAACAAGGUCAAUUUUCAUUAAGCUUCUGGGUCCAGUAAUGUGUAAGUUACACAAUAUAUUUUAAGUGUUCUGCACUACCAACUCACAAAGUACUUUAAAAUCAGUCUGGUUAAAAUCAUGGAAAUUGUUGUUAGUUACAGUAUAAACUACUUGAUUAAUGUAAAUUGUAAAAUGUGUGUGAAAAUAUUGACCAUAAGGAUAGAACCUAUUUUCCUCCAAUUAAUCAGAUCAGCUUUACAAAAGAGAUUCAACUACCAUAUUCCUAUUACUUGUCAAUAAGUUAUUAAAGAUGCGGUCAGUGGAGGCAUUGACCUUUUAAUGUAAAGAGAAUCUUUGAUAUGGUGUUCUAGAUGUAUCUGCUGUAGAUAAUGGGAAUGUUUGAGAAUUCAUUUUUCUCUUUGGAUCAAGUGGCUUUACUUACUUAUCCAAAAAUGACUUUUCUUAACAGGUGUUCUCCAUAUGAAGGGUCUUGACAGGGGCAUCCUUUUUCUCACUAUUUGAUCUGGUUUUAAAGCCAGUGGCAGUUGCAAUAAGGGAAAAACAUUAAUAUAAAGAGGUUAGGAAUUUAAAAGUAACUUUCCCACAGACUAUAUCUUUUGUUGCAUAACCUUAAUUUCUGAAAUCUAUCAUUUGAUUUCAUUUAAUUAGAAGUUUUAGGAAAAUCUUAAAUUUCAAAAGGAAUUGAGGGUGUAAAACCAGCUGUUACCUAUUUCCAAGGAGUAAUUUAAGCAUAUCAUGCAGCUUGGCAAUUUGAGUGGGAAGCUGAGGAAAUAACAUACUGUAAGAUCAACAAGGAGUCUGGUGGCACCUUAAAGACUAACAGAUUUAUUUGGGCAUAAGCUUUCGUGGGUAAAAACCUAUACAUCUGAAGAAGUGAGGUUUUUACCCACGAAAGCUUAUGCCCAAAUAAUCUGUUAGUCUUUAAGGUGCCACCAGACUCCUUGUUGUUUUUGUAGAUACAGACUAACACAGCUACCCCCCGAUACUUGAUACUGUAAGAUGGCUCAUUAAUUCAGUUCUGCUUUCAUCACCAUUGAACAGAUGUUACAAUCUAUGAUUUUAAAAUCCUGAAGAGCUUAAAGUGGUUAAAUUUUAAAUCUAGAGUCAGUAAAUAAAACUAGAUUGUUCCAUUGAAAGCUUUAUUGGAAUAAGACUGGUAAUACAGAACAAUGAAUAUCCUCCCAAAGCCAUUGUUCCUAUUAACUCCCUUUCCUAUAUGUAUAUUCCUAGCAUUUAGUCACCCAUCAGUAGUUGGUUACAAAUCUUGGAAUAGGGGCAAGGAAACCGGAUAAACAUUUCUGUAGUGUGUAUACUUUUUGAUAGUGGUAGGCUUUAGGUUUCCAAACUUCCAGGAAUACAUGUUAGGCUAAAAUUUCCAUAUUGAUUGUUUCGGGAGGGGGGGGGGGAGGAGGGGGAGGGGAAAGUAGAGACCGCAAGGAGAAUGCCUGAAAACCCAUUCCUUCCAUGAGUUGCCAAUAUUAUAAUAGUAAGUCUCUGCUUCAUACUAUUAAGUAUGUUAGCUAUGAAUCAGUAAGCCUAGGAUAUUCAGAAAUGCAAGAGAAAGUGAAACUGGGAAAACAGGUUAGUCUCCAAGCACAAAGAAAAAGAAUAUCAUCCCCACAUAAUAGGUGAAAGGUAGUGUCAUCCUUGCAUCACCUUUAAAUAGAAAAUAAGUGUCACUGCUUUUAACUGUGGCAUAUUCUGCAACAAAAAUUAUUCAGAUUAGGAAACAGUUGUAUAUCUAGCUCUAGCAUUGUGCUUUAGGAGUAGUAAGAGGACAAAGUGUGAACUCUUCAGAGAGGGGAAUCUAACUAAGUGGCAUACACAAGGAGGAUGGGGUUGAGAUGUAACAAAAGACAGACCAAUGGAGCUGGGGCACAUAACUAGUUAGUUCCUCAGGUUUUUGUUGGAUUUUUUUUGGGGGGGGGGGUAGGGGGGUGUUUAAAAAUAAAGGUUCUGCUCGACAACCUGCUAGUCUUGUGUACAAAAUACCACUAUCUUAACCAAAAAUAGAUAUGGAACAAAUACUUGAAUAAUCCCACAAAUGAUGUAUUUUGAAGUAAAAUGAGUACAAAUUUUCUGAAAUCAAUUCCUGAUUUAAGAAUGAGGCUUAUUCAGCAGCAAAUUCUUUUAAGAAUGUUGGACACCAUUCAGAAUGGCAAAGGUAGAAAUAGGAGAUAAUGGCAAGACAAAUGCAAGCCUAUUUCCUAUACGGUUCAAAUAUCUCGAAGUAUGAUGUUGGAGGGCUAGAUGAGUGUAAUCACCCCACUGGAAAGUUAAGUCCCAAUUUGACAGUGUGCUGAUGAGCCAUCCUGCAUUCCAUUAAAGUGGAGGAAGUGCGCCAGGCUGCAGGAUUUAGUCCAUGAUAAAAAUCAUUAAAAGGAAUGUAUUUCUCUGUAGAAUUGUAUUUUUCUGUGUAUGUGUAUUCUGUUUUUGUAAUCAAACUUUGAAAAAAUAAAAAUAUUUUAUAUCAGGAAAAUAUCCACAGUGGUUUUGUGUGGAAAAAAUAAUUUAGGUUCAUAAGGUGCCUUUCACUGAACAUGGGAGUGAAGAUUGAAAGAAUCUCAGUAACAAGAAUCUACAAACCGAAUGUAUAUUACCAGAUAAUUCAAGUAGAGAACUAAAAAAUUGCUCCAACAAAUUAACCUAUUUGUUGUAUCCUCUUCAUAUUUCACAUAGGAUGUACCAGUUCUUCUUACCUGAGGGUGGUUAUAAUUCUAUUACACCUAGAGGCCUCAACAAAGAUCAGGGUUCCACUGUGAUAGGCAUUGUACAAACACACAAUAGUUUUACAAAUGUGAAGAGCGUACAUUCUAAACAGGCAAAACAAAGGGUGGGCAAAAGGAAUAUCAGUAUCCCAUGAUUCACAGUGAGGUGAAGAAGGAUUAAAUGACAUGUCCACGGUAAAAAAAAAAAAAAA